AGCUCACCUUCGGAACCAGACCACUAGAGCGGAUCCAGAUUAGCCCUAGCCCAGGAUCAGUUCUAGGCGGUUUUAGGGCAGCGCAGAUCGUCCAGGGGGUUUGCCCAGCCAGCCCAGCCCCUUGAAUUGUCGGUGAGAAAGUCGAUCCCUUCUCUCUUAUUCGCAGUUCCAAUUCACGAUACCUUCCCUCUGGACCUCUACAAGCCGUAAAAAUAAAAUAAAAAUCCCUUUCUACUCCAGCAUCGCGUCCCGCCGAAGUGGAUCGUCAGAUCAUAAAAAUCGAUCUUGAUCUUCAUAAAAGAUCCGCUCCGGCAGCUGUCUGUGAGAAAUAUCCCUUAGCUUGCUUUUACGGCUCUUUUUCGCCUGCCCCCCGCCGCGUCGAUUAAGCAUCGGCAGCUAGAUCUGUGAUACUCGAACUGCAGAACUGCAUGUCGCAAGUUUGAGUGAGACAGCUUCAUAUAUAUACAUACAAUUUAUAUAUUAGCAUAUUAUUUAUUAUUAUUAUUUAUAUACCCGAGACGUCAAAUUUUUACCAUGGGUUUCUUUGACUGGGAGGACGAGGACGCCGAGUCCGUCGUCUCGACCUCGACACGAAAAUCUCACACCGUCCAUUCGUCCCGUCCGCAUCGUAGCAAGCGUCACUCAGGUGCGGGAUCCAUCUUCGGCGGCAGCAGUAGCCAUCACAGCAGCCAUCAAGACAAGCACAACAGCUCGCGGAGCUCCUCCUUCUUCAACCUCGGGAAUGGCAGCAGCCGAAGUUUCUUCAGCCUCGGUGGCCGUUCCAAUUCGUACUACAAACGUCAGCCGCGCUCGUCCUUCAUCCAACGGACAGUAAAGAAGCUGCGCCGGCUUUUACGCGACCUAAUAUACUAUGCAAAGCGCCACCCUAUCAAGGUGUUCAUGCUGGUGAUCAUGCCUCUCAUCACCGGAGGUGCUCUAACCGCCCUCCUAGCCCGCUUCGGCCUCCGCCUGCCUCCGACCAUUGAGCGUAUGCUGGGUGUUGCGGCCCGCGCCGGUUCGGGGGACAGCGUUGGUCUCAUGAGCGAGGCCGUGCGCAUGGCUGGCGGUCUCGGCAACAAUGAGAGCCUCUCUGUCCACCGGGUCCGUGAUGGUGACUACCAAUGGGAACGGCGACGAGAGUACCAUAGCGAGAGUCACGGCCGCGGGUUCUUCGGCAGUAUUCGAGACUUCUUUUCUUAGCGUAAGAAGCAUGUAGGUAGUGGGGGACUUAGGUAGGCGGUUGGCUUUGGGCGGUAUAUAAUGGCUUAUGAUGAGGUAUGGGGCGAAGUUCAGGUGCCCCUUACCUACUACGAAUUUAUGGAUGGCGUUUUAGGACUGAUUCUAGGAAGAGAUUUGAGAGAUUCUUCACUUCAUAGCAUUCCUUAUUCUAGCAAGAGUUUGGGUUACGAUUGAUGUCCAAAAAAAGAACGGUUCGAAGAAUCGAUACGAUACCCUCGUGUUAGUUAGACUUGUCGUAAUUUAGAAAGUCGUUUACCGAA